UGUUUGUGUCUCUGUAUUUGUGCAGUAAAAUGGCAGCAGCCAGAGUUUAUCAGGAUGAGUUCUUGUGUUCAGUGUGUCGGGAUCUCCUGAAGGAUCCAGUGGCCAUUCCUUGUGGACACAGUUACUGUAAGAGCUGUAUUACAGGCUGCUGGGAUCAGGAGGAUCAGAUGAGAGUCUACAGCUGCCCUCAGUGCAGACAGACCUUCAGUCCAAGACCUGCUUUAGCUAGAAACACCAUGCUGGCUGAAGUGAUAGAGAAACUGAAGAAGACCAAACUCUCUGCUGACUGUUACGCUGGAGCUGGAGAUGUGCAGUGUGACGUCUGUACUGGAAGAAAAUAUAAAGCCGUCAAGUCCUGUCUGACGUGUCAGGAAUCUUACUGUCAAACUCAUUUUGACCAUCAUGAGGAAUUUCAUUCACGUAAGCCACACAAAGUGACUGAUGCCACUGGACGACUGCAGGAGAUGAUCUGCCAGAAACAUGAGAAGCUCCUUGAGGUUUUCUGUCGCACUGACCAGAAAUGUAUAUGUGUGCUGUGUACGAUGGAUGAACAUAAAAACCAUGAAACUGUAUCAGCUGCAGCACAGAGGACAGAGAAACAGAAGCAGCUGAAGGAGACGCAGAAGACGUUCCAGCAGAGAAUCCAGCAGAGAGAGAAAGAUCUUCAGCAGCUGAAAGAGACUGUGGAGUCUCAUAAGCGCUCUGCACAGACAGCAGUGGAGGACAGUGAGAGGAUCUUUACUGAGCUCAUCCGCUCCAUUGAGAGAAGCCGCUCUGAGCUGAUACGGCUGAUCAGAGAUCAGGAAAAGCAAGCAGUGAGUCCAGCUGAAGGACGACUGAAGCGACUGGAGCAGGAGAUCAAUGAUCUGAGGAGGAGAGACGCUGAGCUGGAGCCGCUUUCACAUACACAGGAUCACAUCCAGUUCCUGCAGAGUUUCCAGUCUCUCUCAGCUCCUCCUGAACCUACAUACGAUCCCUUAAUUUCUCUCGUCUCUUCUGAUGCUCUGAGAAAAUCUGUCCAUCAGCUGAGAGACAAACUGGAGGAUUUCUGCAAAAAGGAGCUCAAGAAGAUCUCAGACAGAGUCACAUUCACCAACAUUGUUCCCAGAACCAGGAACGACUUCCUACAAUAUUCCCAUCAGCUCACUCUGGAUCUGAACACAGCAUAUAAACGCCUUUUUCUGUCUGAGAACAACAGAGUGAUUACUGUCACUGGCACACAUCAGCUGUAUCCUGAUCAUCCAGACAGAUUUGAUGUGUAUCAGGUGUUGUGUACGGAGAGUGUGUGUGGACGCUGUUACUGGGAGCUGGAGUGCAGUGGAGAUAAUGGUGUGUAUAUAUCAGUGUCAUAUAAGAGCAUCAGCAGGAAGGGAGACGGUGAUGAGUGUCGGUUUGGAUAUAAUGAUCAGUCCUGGAGUUUGUACCGCACUCCCUCCAGAUACUCAUUCAUACACAAUUACAUGCAGACUAGCCUCCCUGUAAAGUCUAUCGUCAGUAGAAUAGGAGUGUUUGUGGAUCACAGUGCAGGCACUCUGUCCUUCUACAGCAUCUCUGACACAAUGAGCCUCAUCCACACAGUCCAGACCACAUUCACUCAGCCGCUCUAUCCUGGGUUUCAUGUUUAUCUUAGUGGAUCGUCAGUGAAACUGUGCUGAGGAAUCAGAAUAGAUUGACGAGAGAUUCUACCCAUAAUGCUUUGAGCUGCAUGAUAAAUCAGUAACAGUCAGAUGUUAUGCGAGUCUCUUCUUUUUUCUUCAUAACAUCAAUACUGCAGCUGAACUUCUGUCAGUAAAAUAACAUAUAAUUUAAUAAUAAUUUAUUCUAUUAUAUAUCGGUGGUUAAAAAGUGUAAAUUACAUGAAAUUUUAAGCUGUUGACAUUGAAUGUGUGAGUUAGUAGGAGGAAUGAGUGUGUUUGUGUACUUCUGUAUUACUUGUGUAAUGAAAUAAUAUGACAAAUCUCUAGUGAGGAUAUUUAACUGGUUCUCACUAGUUAACCCUCUGGGGUCGACAAACGCGUAUACGCGUUUUGAGGCAGAUUUUCCUGAUAAGGCCAAAAUGAGCUUGAAUUACUCUGCCAUUUUUGAUCGUACAGAUAAGAGCAAUACACCAUUCGAAUCUGUAAGGGGUCUACUUUUAUUUGUAUAAUCUCAUAAUAACAACUAAACUUUGUGCUUUUGAAGAAUAAUGAAAACAAACAGGGUGCACUCUCUGUCUUCUCCGUCUCCGCAAACUGUUUUUAGAAACGCGUCACUAAAAUAAUCUGUAACUCAGCAAAUACUUCACACAGAGACAUGAGAGUUAUAUCUAUAGAAAGCUUGAAAUGUCUACUUUGAAGUGAAGCAAGUCUUAUCGAAAACAAACAUUCUGUGAUGGAGUAAUCUGUAUGAAACCACGUUCAGUCUGUCCCGUCUGACUCAUUAUCUCUAAUGAGAUCCCGCCCCCGCGCAGCUCGUCCGCUCAUAUGUAAAUAGCCGCGUGGGACGUGCACACGUGCAAACGCCCAACACAAACAAAGAAGAGAUCCUCAUCGUGGCUACUGUUACUGUUCGCGCUGAGUAAAGGCAGGAUUUCCCUCGAAAGAAGAACACGAUUUCAUCCAGUACAGGAGAUCAAUCUGAUGAGUAAGUAAUAUUUCUUUUUUGCAUUAGUUAACGUUUUAUUGUGACAUAAACUUGAACAGAUUUACUAACAGUUAGCUGGGUUUUCCCCCAAACGACAACAUGAUGAAUGCUACGCCUCUAAGAAUGUUUAGACCAUGUUUAUUAUUAAUACUCUGUUCACAAAUAGAUUUUAAUAGCGUGCUAAACAAUAAUAAUUUGUUUCUCAGAUAUAAAAUAUCAUUUUUUAUAGUACAAAGUACAUCCUUUUAUUGUAUAAAGCAUGCUUGAGUCUGUGGCUACAGAAUCAUAUCAUAGGCUACUAUAAAAUCAUACAUACUAGACUAUAUGACUACAAAAUCAUAGUUGGGUUUUUCCCAAACUAUAAUUCCUGACUACAAUGUUUGAAAUCGUGUAAAACAUUUUUAAUAUGAGGGGCAAUUCACUGUAUUUAAAUUUCUUACGGCGCGAUGAUGUUUUCAUGCUCUAUAUAAAACAAUAAAAGUAAUAUAAGUGUACACUGUAACAUGAUGAAUGCUACGAGUCUA